CUUAACAUCCAUUUCCCUAUUGUCUAGGGUUUCAUGAAGAAGCAAGCUUCUCCCUCCGCCAUGAAUUCACGGCGGUGCACGGUCUUGGAGGAUCCUCAAAUCAUAAGUCGAAGCAUCUCACUACUUACUGCUGACGAAGUGUUACUGAAGAUUCCAAUCGAUCUCAUAAUCGAGAUAUUCUCGAGGUUACCGUUGAAGUCUAUCGCGAGGUGUCGUUGCGUAUCGAAGCGGUGGGCGUCCUUACUCCGCCGUCCCCAUUUCACGGAGUUGUUCUUCACCAAAUCGUUGGCUCGCCCCCAGCUAUUUUUCGCAUGCCAGAAAGAGACCGCGGAUCAUCAUAUUACUUUCCCCUUUGAGCGUGUGGAUGGCAUAUCUAGUUCUGUCAAUGGAUAUGUCUGUAUAAGCGGUCAUCAGAUCUUAAAAGGAAGGAAGACCCGAAAGGAUGUGUUGGUGAUAUGUAACCCUAGCACGGGACAAUCCUUUACUUUACCCAAAAUACCUAAUCUGAAGAACAUGAAGAGCACUGCAAAGAUCUAUUUAGGUUAUGAUCUGAUUGAGAAACAACACAAGGUGUUGGCAAUGGCCAGGGCCCAAGGUAGAUGGUAGAAGUGUGCAUCAAGUUCUUACAUUA